UAGCAUCCUUCCCCCCUAAUAUAGGGGUUUCACAUAGAAUGCCGUCAACUAGAACCUGCUCAGACAUGGCCGGGCAAGUGUUGUUGUGCCUCACGGUCCUUCUGGCCUGUUGUGCAGGAGCGCCUUCCGUUGAUAGGAGCAGUGAGUCAGGUCACUCCUGCUACCACUGCACAGAUGCCUCGAACAACACUGAAUGUCAACAUCUUACACGAUGUCUCCAUAGCCAGAACCGAUGUCUGACUCAAAUCUGGUUUUCUGACUCUGGGAUCGUGAUUGGCAAGAGAUGCGCCCCAAUGCAGAAAUGCUACGUCUACGAGGAGAACAACGAGGACGCUUGCAGCAACCCCGAUGAAGAGUUCGAAGGCUAUUGUUCGUUCUGUUGUGAGGGGCCAGGCUGCAACCAGGGUCUACCACCUUAUGGGACAGUUUCGGAGGAUGAAGCCGAUGACGUAGAUGACGGCGACAGUAAGUCACAUGGGAGCAAGUCAGGAGGUCAUGGGAGCAAGUCAGGAGGUCAUGGGAGCAAGUCAGGAGGUCAUGGGAGCAAGUCAGGAGGUCAUGGGAGCAAGUCAGGAGGUCCUGGCAGCAAGUCAGGAGGUCAUGGGAGCAAGUCGAAAGGUCCUGGCAGCAAGUCAGGAGGUCAUGGGAGCAAGUCAGGAGGUCAUGGGAGCAAGUCAGGAGGUCCUGGCAGCAAGUCAGGAGGUCAUGGGAGCAAGUCAGGAGGUCAUGGGAGCAAGUCAGGAGGUCAUGGGAGCAAGUCAGGAGGUCAUGGGAGCAAGUCAGGUGGACCAGGCAGCAAGUCAGGAGGUCAUGGCAGCAAGUCAGGAGGUCAUGGGAGCCAUUCAGGUGGACCAGGCGGCAAGUCAGGUGGGCCAGGUGGACCAGGUGGACCAGGCGGCAAGUCAGGUGGACCAGGUGGACCAGGCGGCAAGUCAGGUGGGCCAGGUGGACCAGGUGGACCAGGCGGCAAGUCAGGUGGACCAGGUGGACCAGGCGGCAAGUCAGGUGGACCAGGCGGCAAAUCACAUGGACCAGGCGGCAAGUCAGGUGGACCAGGCGGCAAGUCAGGUGGACCAGGUGGACCAGGCGGCAAGUCAGGUGGACCAGGUGGACCAGGCGGCAAGUCAGGUGGACCAGGCGGCAAGUCAGGGCCUGUUAAAAGCCCUGGAGCACAAGGGGGACUCAAAACACCGGCUCCUGCGACACAACCACCUCCUCUUCAGACAAACCCACCAAAGACACCCCAGCCACAAGCAAAGACCCAACCUCCAGCAACGCAACCUAGAGCAACACAACCUCCGGCAACACAACCUCCAGCAACACAACCUCCGGCAACUCAACCCGCAGCAACACAACCCCCUGCCACCAACGCACCUCAAACACAGGCCCCACCAGCCCAAAACAGACCAGCACAGCAGCCUAACAACGUGGUACAGCCUUGUCACUGUCAUGCUGGUCAACUGUGCUACGUAAAUCAUGGCCCAGCUGGUCAAAAUGGUCAAUCGGUCAACCAGGGAGGUAGUCAGAUAGGUGCCCUGGGCAGUUCCGGUUUGGACAUAACCAUCAACCUUCAUCUCGGAGGAAUAUUGUUUGGAAGCGCCGGAAACCAGAUGAGCCCAGCCCAGAGUGUUGCUAAUUGUCCCUGUGCCCAGCAAAACGCCAAACCCGCAACUACAGCCGCGCCAACACAACCGACUAUCCCACCAACAGUCACCCAGCAUCCGACCACGCCCAAACCGACUGCAUCUCCAACGAAGUCGCCCAAAAUGACAAUAGCACAAACAAAUCAACCGACACCGACAACCGCACAACCAACAAAACAACCGACAACCGCACAACCAACAAAACCACCGACAUCCGCACAACCAACAAAUCCACCGACAACCGCACAACCAACAAAUCCACCGACAACCGCACAACCAACAAAGUCAACAAAUAAACUUGUUCCAAAAUUUCCUUCAACUGCUGCACCGUCGACUACACCAACAACGGCUUCAACCGCUUCAACUACGACUACAACAACUUCCACAACGACAACUACUCCAACUACCACUGUGAAACCCGUGCAGUGUUACACCUGCAAGGACCUCUCCUGCUAUGACAUGAGUCUGGUGAACUGCCCCACGGACAAACCGUACUGCAUGUCAACCAUCAGUCAAAGUUUUUCAGGAGCGAGGAACUUCACAAAAGGAUGCGUCACGGAACAUGUGUGCGAAACACAAUGGUGGAAGUCAACUGCAGGCUUAGCCGACUGCUUCCUGUUAGACGGUUCACCUUCCGGUUUUUCCGGCAUGCCCUUGGACAAGUGCAGCUUUUGUUGCCAAGGCGACGGUUGCAACAAAGACGCGAUACCGCCUGUAGGGGCACUGUAUAAUCCUAAAACAUCUGCACAACCCCAUCCAGACAGCACAGCAACGACAGUUCUCUCUGUAAAGUUGAAGUCCUCAGGAGUUACAUCUUCUACAGCAGUCACAGGACCCCCAACGUCGGUGUCAACGUCAUCUUCAACGUCGACUUCAACGUCGACUUCAACGCCAACGCCUACAACGGUAGCAAAGAGAGGACUGAAAUGUCAAGUCUGCGGGGACUUGAACGCGAAGAUUCCGUGCAGCCCGAGGGAUAUGUUUGUACCAAAGGAACAACUGUGUCCUGCAGGUCAAUUCUGUAUGGUUGAUGUUCUACAUGACGUGAAUGGCGCUCAGACGACGUAUAAAAGGUGCGUGAGCCAGACUGCCUGCUCAAGACAAUGGUACCACCAGACUUCAGACGAGGGGCGAUGCAUGCAGAAACAAACUGGAAGUAUUGCCAGUAUUGACUGCCAUUAUUGCUGCACCACUCCAGGCUGUAACAAACUUCCAAGACCUCAACUCUCAACUCUUUAUAAACCAAAAUGAAGAGCCUAUCCGCCUGAUAUGUACGUCUGCCAUACAACUGUACACUCCGAAAAUUCCAUUUACCUCUAUGUAUAACAUUGAAAAAGAUGCUUUCAUUCCAAGACUUUCCAAACUAUCCUACCUCGAAUGUUCCCAGCAAUAAUACCAUCUAUCUGACCUCAAGGUGACUCCUAUCUGGAAUACGUCAUUGAUGUUUGUCUACUCGCUUGAAUCAGCGGAUCCUUCACGUAUAUAAAGAUAGGAAUGGAUAUGUUUUCGCUAGUAAAAAAUGCAUCAUUUAACAUUCGCUCUAGAGGAUCGGUCAAAUGCGUCCAAAUCAAGGCAACGAGACAGCCAUUAAAAGAUAAAUAGCUAGCAUCAAUCUAUGUACAGUAAUUGUGGUCCACUCACAAUUCCUCAAAUUCAAAGAACAUUUUCACAUUUCCAAAAUGUAUCCUUCGAGAAUAAGCUGGAAUAUAAAAUUGUACCCUGUAUUAUAGAAAUGUGUUCUUCGUUUGGCCAGAUGUUGCCAAAUGUACGUGAAUACCGUUCUGUGUGAUGCCAAUAAACUGCUUGCUUUCAUUAUC